AUGGUUCAUCCUGCAUUUCUGCGCGAUGAGCAGGUCUUCAAAGACUAUUUGGAGGCUGGGAAGGCCGGGGAAAUUGAUAUUCGAGGCAUACAAAGAGCGAACGUAUCAAGCUCUUCUGGUAAAGAUGCUACUGAGGAUGCUACUGAGGGUGCUAAGCCUAUUAAGGAUCCUACUGAGGAUCCUACUAAGGAUUAG